GUUCUUUCAGUUGAUCAUCAUCCGAUUUCGCUUAUCGCCUCAACUCUCUGAUCUGCUCCUAAAUUAGUUAGUGUAUCAAUAUUUCUCGGUCGUCGCGAGUUCAGUGUUUGUGAUAGUUAUAGUUUUAUGCAGUUAUAAAGUUCAAGUGUCUUCAUGCAUCUCUCGAUAUAUUCUUGAUAAUGGAAACAGAAAAAAAUAUCUUUGAUACGAGUGUCAGCAAACCUCGGUUUAAUCCCAUGACUAUUAUAUUUGAUUCCGGGCGGCUCAAGGAGCCUGCGCCCCAGUUUGCAUCAGAACGCGAAACCUGCCUGAAAUACUUCGAAAAAUGGAGCGAACAGGAUCAGAUAGAGUUCGUUGAGCACUUACUAUCACGCAUGUGUCACUACCAGCAUGGACAUAUAAACACGUACCUUAAACCAAUGUUACAACGCGAUUUUAUAUCUCUUCUGCCAAAGAAAGGUUUAGAUCAUGUAGCAGAAACUAUUCUAUCAUAUUUAGACGCUGAUUCUCUCUACGCAGCCGAAUUAGUUUGUAAAGAAUGGUAUAGAGUAAUUUCAGAAGGAAUGCUAUGGAAAAAACUAAUAGAGAGGAAGGUUAGAACGGAUUCACUUUGGAGAGGUCUAGCGGAAAGGAGAGGAUGGAUUCAGUUUCUGUUCAAGCCAAAGCCGGGUGAAGCCCAUCCAGACCACAUUUCAUAUAGAGCUUUAUUCCCUAAAAUUAUCCAAGAUAUUGAAAGUAUAGAAAACAAUUGGCGUAUGGGCCGAUUCUUACUGCAAAGGAUCAAUUGCCGCUCUGAAAAUUCAAAAGGUGUCUACUGUUUGCAAUAUGAUGACAAUAAAAUAGUUUCUGGGCUCAGAGAUAAUACCAUAAAAAUAUGGGAUAGGAAUUCAUUGCAAUGUAUACAGGUGUUGACGGGACAUACAGGUUCAGUUUUGUGUCUGCAAUAUGACGAUAAAGUGAUAAUUAGUGGUUCAAGUGAUAGUACGGUUCGAGUUUGGGAUGUCAAAACAGGUGCAAUGGUCAACACGCUAAUUCAUCACUGUGAAGCAGUUCUACAUUUGCGGUUCAGUAAUGGAAUGAUGGUUACGUGUUCAAAGGACCGCUCAAUAGCUGUUUGGGACAUGACAUCGCAAACGGAAAUAACGCUACGCCGAGUUUUAGUAGGCCAUAGAGCUGCUGUGAACGUUGUUGAUUUUGAUGAAAAGUACAUUGUAUCAGCCUCUGGAGAUCGCACCAUUAAAGUUUGGAACACAUCGUCUUGUGAAUUUGUUCGAACUUUGAAUGGACAUAAACGUGGUAUUGCCUGUUUGCAAUAUCGAGACCGAUUAGUUGUUAGUGGUAGCUCAGAUAAUACAAUUCGGCUAUGGGAUAUAGAAUGUGGUGCUUGUUUGCGAGUUCUGGAAGGACAUGAAGAGUUAGUGAGGUGCAUCAGAUUUGAUGGGAAAAGAAUAGUCAGCGGAGCGUAUGAUGGAAAAAUUAAAGUUUGGAAUUUAGUAGCGGCACUUAAUCCUAGAGCUCCUGCCUCUUCAUUAUGUUUACGGACUUUAAUGGAACACACUGGGCGAGUAUUCCGUCUACAGUUUGACGAGUUCCAGAUAGUGAGUUCCUCGCACGACGACACAAUUCUCAUCUGGGAUUUCCUUAACUACACUGAAACAUCAUCCAAUAAUAACCAACAAGCUCCCUCUAAUCAUCUCACCCUUCAACCUAGUUUCUCUUCAAAUGCAAUGAAUGAUCCUCCGGAACACUAUGAUUAGUCCCCUGUUCACUCGUUUUAAGUUUCUGUGAUGCUCCUUCAAUUGUUGACAUCACAGUAAACUGUAAAUCACCUCUGCCGACAAGAAUGGCUUUUGCUCCAUUGAGAAGCUUGCAUCCAUUUGUUAUUUGAUGUUAGGUGUAAUCUUGAUAUUAGUUAAUUUUAAUUGAUCAAAAUGGAUUAUCUGUAUAUAGUUUGUAAAGACUACCCUCUUUUUAACUGUUAAUAGAAGUGUAAAUAUUUAAGUUGAAGAAAUUUAAUGCUAUCAGUCAGUUUUUAAAUCCCUUUCUUACCUCUCUUUCCUUUUAUAUAAUCCAAACCGCAAAUACAAUGUCAACUGCCAAGAAUUAAAUAUUCACUCUGUUUGGAGUGCUCCUACCUUUCAUCAUUAGGUUUUAUUACCAGUUUUUUAUGUUGCAGUGCUACAGUAUAGGAUUAGAAUUUGUUUCAAAAUCCCAAGAACUAAGUGGCAUUCAUGUCAAAAUUGCACAAUCAAUAUAGGCUACCGUGAAAUUUCUUUCUUUCUUAUCUUUUUUUUUUUUUUUAAAUUUUUAAACAUAUCGUCACUUCAUAUGCUGCCUAAGUGCCAUUUUGCAUGUAUAAGUUAGAGACCAAAAUCUAUUCUGCGUUAAAGAAUCAUCAAAUGAUUUUUAUUCUUAUUACGACAGCACUAUAAUAGUGAUUGCAAUAUUUAUCGUCCUCCUGCCCUGCUUUUUAUGAGUUUUCACGCCUUAGUAAGAUCUUGGAAUGCCACCAUGGCAAUAAUGUCUCUCUAGCAACAACACAUUUGUGCUUAGGCCCAAUUACUAACUUCUCAUUCACUAAACACUUUUUUUCACUGAUAGCUAGUUUACCUGUCCUUGAGUAGACAAAACUAGUUGCUACUUCAAUAAAUUUGGACUUCAUUUUGCAACAUGGAACUACUAUUUCUGGCUCAGUUUUAAAAGAACGUCUGUUUCGUCAGUCUCCUGAUGUGGAUCGGUGCUUUUAGAGAUGAGUCAAAAAUAGUAGUUUCUUAUUGUAAAUCUCAGGAUAAAUUAGUCUAGCCUUCAUCAGGGUUUGCUCGUUAGCGUAUGCACAAUUGAAUGUCACUAAGCAGAAGGUGUCUGUGCACCAAAAGAGUUCCUAAAACCACACAAAUACUGGAGCCUCAUAAUUGUCUAUUCAUUGUUUUUUAAAACUCAUUUCAUAGAUAGAUCCCUUCUGUUUCACGAUGUCCAAUCAGAAUCCAGCAAAAAAUUCUCCCAAGUUCUUAUGACGAUGGAUGAUGACUUUUCUAGCCUCGAUUUUAAAUCAACCUUGAAGGGCAGCGCUAGGUAGCUCUUAUCUACAAGAAGCUAAGUGUAGAACACAUUGGACUACUGGACAAGGUGCCAAUUUAAGAAUUAUGGUGUAAAUUAUCUCAUCAAAAUUUCAAGCAGAAUAUGAUUAGAGCAACAAAAAUUAUUAAAAAUAACUCCUAGCCAAGCUAUUUAAUGUUUUUAAUGCACAAAUUCAAACUUCCCACUAACGAAAAAACCUUAAUCUACUGAAGUUAAAUUGUACACUAAACGUUAGCAUAACAGUCUCUUUGGUAUGAAAGUAUGGCAAACUCAAUCUUGGUGCUUCAGCUCAGCCGUUCCUGUGUUGUUUACACUUUGAACAACGCAGGGCACAGAAGAAGCACCGCUCGAUUUAGGAGUCUGCUUAAAAAUUUUUAGUGCGCAAUUUGAUUUUCGUAAGUACUUACUUGUUUUUCUUGUGAACGGGAAAUUCGAAUUUUCUAUCACCAGUACAACCAAAAGAAAAUGUUAAUAUUUUGAUUAGAAUUUAAGUAAUUUUUGUUGUGCAAAUCGUGUGCCACAUGAAAUCUGAAAGAGAAACACUCAUCAGAAAGCUUGAAUUUGUUCCUUGUCAAGUGGUCCUUUUUUUGUAAACAUCCACAUGCACAAAGAAGUUGUUUUGCUGGUACUUGCUCAAAAUAUUGCAAGCAUCUCAGUGAAUGCCCAACUUCAAUGGGAAUUGGUGUCAAUUUUGUUUGUGUAAAUGGUAGCAGUAUUGCCUCUGCUAGUUGGUUUGCAUUUUUGUUCAAAUUUUCCAGGCUCGCUGGAUCUGAGAUUAUUUUGUGGUUAUCGUUUUUUUCCUCUGGUGGGUGUGUCAUUAAUUUAAUUUUCACAUUAGUUAUGUUCUAUUUAUAAGAAGAUAGCUUUCUUUACCGCCACCUAACAACAGUUGUAAUUGAUCCUAUUCUUUUAAAAAAAACUUUUUGCCGUACUGUAAUUUAAUUUAGCCUUGCCUCUGCUCAUUUUAAGUGAUCUGUUUGUACCUAUCUAAAUAUCCCCGCUCUUUUCUUUUUUUUAAAACAUAAUCCUGAUUCUCCUCUGCCUUUUUGCCCUUGUGAUCUCCUGCCUCCUUCAUUACUCUUUCCUCCUACCUGCCAAGAUUCGCUUCUGUAAACUCUAAGAUAAACUAAGUCACGUGUUGUAAGAAAUUUAGACAUGUAAAACAUUUUUUGAAUAGAAAGUAUUUCUUUACAAGAUGGAUGAUCACACAACUCUCUAUUUUUUUGCAAUCGUCAAGAUUUGCUUUCUUCUCUCAUUGCACCUUCAAGGUGUCCAUCAAUAUGCUUAGUUAAAAAAAGAACAUGAAUCAUUUUGUCAACGAAAAAACAUUAAAGUAAUCAUGGUAAAAUUUGUGGGCGUUUUUCAUCAACUUUCUGAUCAGUAAAUGUAGCGCUACAGCAGAGAUUAAACACAAAACACUUUUGCUGAUAAGUAAAGCACUCUAAUUUGAGUGUAUUUAUGUUAUCGUCUGGUGAAAACUCUUUCACCAGAUGCCAAAAUUAUUGAAAGAUUUUUUUUAAAUUGAUUUCAAGAGAUGAAGCAUUUUUGCCUACGUCAUGAUAUAUUUUUUUUCCAGUCAAUAGAAAAGUAUCUCUGUCUUGAGGAUGCCUCAUUAUAAUUUCACACUUAAGUGUCUGUCACAUUCUACUUGUUUUUCUCCUCUCUGGGGAAGAUUGAAGUUCUCUUCAGUUUGUUGACUUGAAAGAAUUGUUGUCAUAGCUUUUCAACAAAUUUUUCUUAAGAAAAAAAGAGGGUCAAUAAAUCUUCAAGCUUCAAUUAGGAUAAAAGAUCAAAAUUUUUCCCAGCUUUAUUUUGAAGGUGUAAAAUUUUUCCAUGCCUCUAUCUUUCAUAGUAAGUAGAACAGACAACUAUAGCAUCAUCCAGCUCUUUCCAAACUAGAUCGAAAUGAAUCAUCUCUCUCCCCCCUUUGAAAAAAGGUGAUGACCAUUCCAAUAAUUAUGAAAGGAGCAGGUACUCAUUGUUUUGUCUACUAAAAGGAAAAUAAGUUUUAACAAAGGUGAUCUAUUCCACCUGGAAAUGAAAAGCUGUGAUGAAUUUCUCCAUCCCGGUCUGGACUAGGCAAAAUUUGUGAAUCUCAAUGUUAAAAUUAUCUUACUUGCUCUUGUAUUGAGGCAGCCAAAAUGUAGCUGGAGUUUUAUUUCUGUGAUAUGCAACAACAGAUUAUGUUGCAUCAUGAUCUGUGUUAAAUUUUGAAGUUUUGUUUCUUCGCUGAAAUGACUUAAUGGCAAAAAUAAAUUUCUCUGAACUUAAUCUAAGAUUUCAAAGGUAACAUGUCUAGUUUAAUUAAUUCUUCCCUCUUCUCUGUUAAGAACUAUGCAUGAUGCUUUUUUUGAGCCCUCACUUCCUAAUGAAGAGUUUCCAAUUUCAAGUAAAUUUUUUAAAGUUUUCUUUUCACUCUUAAAUCUAAUUUUCUGUGGAUCAGUGUUUUUCAAAUAAUGAUAUCUAAAAAUGAAGCUUAAGGCUUCAUCUGUUACUACAAAAUCUUGAAAACUUUUUAAAUCGUUUUUUUAAUCACUCUGUUUUUUCUCUUCGUUGGAUUAAAUGAAAGGUGUAAUGUAUUGUUUUAGGUUGUAAAUAGUUGUACUGUUGUAAAAUAAUUUAGGCAAUUGUAUAUAUGUAAUUACCGCUUCUUGAAAAUCUUUCAGUCAAUCCUCUUAUCCUUAAUUUCCUCUGGCUAUAAACUAUUUGUUCAACGUUGUGAACUUAACCCAAGAAACUUAAACUGUAUCAAAGAUAUUUUUUGAGUGGAUUCAAGUAAAAGCUAACCUCAGUUUUUUUAUUGGUGCAAUUUUUAACUAAGUCAUGCUUAAAAAUAUUUAAAACUAAGCUAACAAUAAUGUACCCUAUUCAAUCACAGGCAAUUUGUGAAGAAGACCUAUUCUUAAUAAUCACAUUUUUAAUCAAGUUUCCCAUUAAUUGCAAAAACAAUUUUUAAUUUUGAAGUAUUACAGUCGAUAAAUACAAUUUUCUGGAUCUGACAAGAAGAUUAUCUCUUCUUUAAAUAUUUUUUUUUAUAGGCAGGUGGGUCUAAUAAGUAAGAAAUCAUGCAAUGUGUAUUUAAUUCACUUUGAUGUGUUUCCUAACUGUUCAGUUUUUUUAACUGACCACUCAGAAUGCCAGAACAAUUUUUUAGCCGCGCUCAGUAAUUUAAUUUCUGUUCUAUUCUGUGUAUCACUCUUUACACGUAAAAACUUGUUUUUGGGUUUGAUGAAACUCCUGGCAAUGUUUUAUUGUCCGUUGGUUUUUGUUGUUGUCGAAAUGUUUUGACUUUUUUCACUUAAUUUUUUUAUUGAAAAUCAAAGAUCAACCAUAUUGUCGUGUUGCCCAUUUUGUCAACUGCAACCCGUUUUUUUAACAGCUGUAAAAUUUUGUUAGAAGAGGCCGCUGAAUCAUAGUAAAACCUAAAUGACUAAAUUAUUUGUCUUCGUCCAUUCAUUUCAUUUCUAUUGUUUCUUCUCAAAGAUGAGCGGUUCCUUUUUUUCUAUUAUUCAGUUGAACGAACAUUGAUGCUUUCAUAAAAUUCUUUUGAUAAUCAUCGUAGCCUAAAAGGUGUAUCUAAUAAAACUUUUGCAUUGUGGUUAAUAUACUUUGAAUCUAUUCCAGACGCUGCACAACCUCUUUCAUGCCAUGUCUCCAAUAACAUCCAUUUUUCAACUUCCACCAUUAUACCCAAAACUAGAUAGAGUAUUAUCAAUGGUUCUUAAAUUCUUGAUGUCACAUUAGUAUUAUCAAUUUUAAAAGAACAAAAAAACCAUCAGCUCAUGAUAGGUGCCACAGCAACAAGGAUGUUUGUUUAAUCUAACAUGGCUUUCACCUUUUUCCUUUUCAUUUCAUGUUUUCUCUUUGUUGAAUCGAUCUAUUCAUUUAAAAAAGUAACUAAUGUACUAUCAAAUGAAAAAUGUAUGGUAAUCAUGAAAAAAUUCACAAUUGGUCUGUGAAACUUGUCAUGAAAUUGUUCUUGAUGUUAAAGGUAUAGUUCAGCCCAAAAAUAAUAAACUCUCUCAGUAUGUCAAGUUCCUACAUCUAUCUUGAUGGAAGCAUUGGCUUUCAAAAAAAACAGUGUAUGAUGUCAUCUCCUAUGGUAAUGCAUUCCAUCGUUUCUUCAAUCUUAGUUUUAUUUAUGAUAAAAGGUGAUAUCUAUUGUGAAGUAGUGUGUUGUCCGUGUCUACAUGGACAAACUUCUGCAGAACUAGCUUGACGCAUUCUUAGAGUUGGACUAAGUUUGCUAAAUGAGCGAGCUGAAGUUUGCCAGCGAAGAUAAAAUAAAAGAUGACUGUUGUCAAAGAAGUAAUUACUUGGGAAAUGAAGUUUUCGUCAGACCAUUUUGAAUUUAUUUUUUGAGUGCCCUGUCAGUUCACUACAGCUUGAUUUUGUCCUCAAAAAGUUUAGUGCUGAUCUAUUUCAUUAUUCUCGACAGACAGAAAUAGCCUCCCCAAAACAAUGUCAUCGCAAAGUUCAAUGAAGCUAUUUUGUGACAUAGUUAAAGCAGCUGUUAAAAUUUUUGUGGCCCUUGUUUGAUCUCAGUGUAUCAGAUACUUUGAUUAAUUGAAACUAAAAAUCUGUCUCUAAUCAUCAAUUACAUCAUGAGUAAUAGUGUAGGUAUUCUACUUGUAUAUAAUUGUAAUUUAUUUAAAAAAAAAAAACUAUUAAACAUUUUUACAAAAUUU